GCCAGGGGCGGGCGGGCGCGCGCGCGGGGAGCGGUGCGGCGCCCAUGGCGGCCGGGCCCGGCGCCGCGCUCUGCCGCGUGCAGUACCUGGACGACCGCGACCCCUUCUCGUGCGCCAGCUUCCCGGAGCCGCGCCGCGCGCCCCUCCACCCGCUGCUGCAGGCGCUGCCGCUGGGUGCGCAGCUGCCCGCCCUGCACCACCUGCUGGGCGCGCCCCUGCCGCUGGCGGACUGUACGCUGCAGGUCUCACCAUCUGGACAGUACCUGGAUCUUGAUCUGUCCCUGCUGGAGCAGAAAGAUGAGCUGGCAGGCUUCUACGAGGAGAUCAGCAAAGGGAGGCGGCCAACUCUGAUCCUGCGCACGCAGCUCUCCGUCCGAGUCCAUGCCAUCCUUGAGAAGUUGUACAACUCCCAGGGGCCGGAGCUGAGGCGCUCCCUCUUCUCCCUCAAGCAGCUCUUUCAGGAGGAUAAAGACCUGGUGCCAGAGUUCGUGAACUUGGAGGGGCUGACAUGCUUGAUCAAAGUGGGGGCCGAGGCCGACCAGAACUACCAGAACUACAUCCUGCGAGCGCUGAGCCAGAUCAUGUUGUUUGUGGACGGGAUGUUGGGCGUGAUUGCACACAACGAGACUGUGCAGUGGCUCUACACGCUCUGCGGGAGCAUGUACCGCCUGGUGGUGAAAACGGCGCUGAAGAUGCUGCUGGUGUUUGUGGAGUAUACGGAAUCCAAUGCCCAGCUCCUCAUCCAGGCUGUCAAUGCUGUGGAGCAGGCUAGAGGUGCAUAUCCAUGGUCCAACCUGGUUGCAAUCUUAGAGGAGCGCAAUGGGGCUGACACGGAGCUGCUGGUGUUUGCAAUGACGCUUAUCAACAAGACGCUGGCGGCCCUCCCGGACCAGGACUCGUUCUAUGAUGUGACGGACUGCCUGGAGCAGCAGGGGAUGGAGCGCAUUGUGCAACACCACAUGCACGGCAAAGGCCUGGAUCCUGACGUGAAGCAGCAGUUUGCAGUCUAUGAAAGCUCGCUCAAACACGAAGACGGAGUCGAAGAGCUGUCGCCGGGAGCACGCAAGGAGCGGAGGAAAACAGACGAGAACCGGCGGGGCCGGCGCUCCCUGGGUGGCAACGUGGAUGCUGGAGCCGGUGCAACCUCCCCAAGCCCAGCCGUGGAGGACAACAAGCUGCCUGAGCCCGCCAGCCCCCCAAGGGAACCCACUGCCGAGGUGGUGCUGGAGAGCAGCCCAGCUCCGCCCUGCUUUGAGAGUGUUUACAACAGCACCUCCAACGUGCGGCUCUCUGCGCUGGCCUCCCCGGAGGAGAGGGAGCACCCCAGCCUGGGGGAGAGGAGCGUUUUCAAAGCUCGCUUCUUGGAAAACCUGGCCUCAUCCCAAAAGGAGAGACUGUCUGCGAUGUCCAAGGGGCGGCUUGACAUCCUCGCUGAAGCCAUUCCGGGGGGCAGCCAGCUCAGCCCAGAGCCACCCCCAGCAGCAGGGAGGCUGGCGCUGAGCGAGGAGAAGGAGCGGAAUGAGACGGCAAACGAGCAGGAGCCCCACGUGCCAUCAGUCGGGAUCACUCUGGGGAGAGACGAGAAAGGAGAUGGCACAUCAGGGCGCUGUGUCCCCCAGCGGGAGAGCGCCGAUCCCUGCAGCACCAUCUCCUCUGACAAGAAGCUGAUGCGCGACAUGCUGUUUGCCAAAAGCCAAGUGGCGCCGGAGCGGGACCUGCUCUUCCCUGAGGCGUCAGCCUCUGCCCAGCACCGACGAGUGGCUGGGGACCAGCCGAGCCAGGCAGAGCUGCAAGGCGGUCAGGACCUGGAGAACGCUGGGCCCCAUGGCAAGGCCCCUGACAGACAGGUCUCCAGCACCCGGACCCAGCUCCCACGCACCCAGUCCAGUGUCGAGGCAGAAGCCAAUGCUCAGAGCAUGGAGCGGGCCCUCUUGAGCCCAUUUAAAAAGGAUUCUGAGUUCAUGUGGGAUCGUGUGGAGCCCGGCCCCGUGCUGCUGAGAAUCAAAGACCUGGACUUCUCAGACCUGGGGGAAGAAGAAGACUUUGAUGCCUUCGAUCAAAGGGCAGUAGUAAAUGACUCUUUCUAUGCGUCUCCCCCACUACCUCCUGGUACUGGAGCACUGACUGCGGGAGGCCUCACGGCUCCCCCACCACCACCCCCUCCUCCCGGUUUCCCUCCGGCCCCACCACCCCCUGUUCCUGGCUGCCCACCCCUACCCCCACCCCCACCCCCUCCUGCAUUGCUGGGUUCCCCUGCUCCAGAUGGCCACUCCCCUGCCAAGAAGAAGAAGACGGUGAAGCUCUUCUGGAAGGAGCUGAAACACCACAGUUCCCAUGCUGGGGCUGGCCGAUUUGGCUGUGGCACCGUGUGGGCGUCCCUGGAGAGAGUAGAGAUUGAUGCGGCCAAGCUGGAGCAUCUCUUUGAGUCCAGAGCGAAGGAAGUGCUGAGUUCCAAGAAGGCUGCUGAUGGGAAGAAGUGCACGGUGGUCCUCGACCCCAAGAGAAGCAAUGCCAUUAACAUCGGCCUGACGGUGCUGCCACCCACUCACAUCAUCAAGACGGCCAUUCUCAACUUUGACGAGUUUGCCAUUAACAAAGAAGGAAUUGAGAAAAUCCUGACCAUGGUUCCCACCGACGAAGAGAAGCAAAAGAUCCAGGAGGCGCAGCUCACCAAUCCCGAUGUCCCCCUGGGCUCAGCCGAACAGUUCCUGCUCACCCUUUCCUCCAUUAGCGAGCUCACGGCUCGGCUCCAGCUGUGGGCGUUCAAGCUGGACUAUGAGAGCAUGGAGCAGGAGAUCGCGGAGCCUCUGUUUGACCUGAAAUUGGGGAUGGAACAGCUGGCCAAAAACCAGACUUUCAGGUGUAUCCUGGCUACUCUACUGGCCAUGGGGAACGUCCUCAACGGGUCCCAGAGCCGGGGCUUCGAGCUGAGUUACCUGGAGAAGGUCUCGGAGGUGAAGGACACCGUGCACCGGCAGUCCCUGCUGCACCACCUGUGCCACGCUGUGGUGGAGAGGUUCCCCCAAACCAGCGAUCUCUACUCGGAGAUCGCAGCCAUCACCCGGUCAGCCAAGGUUGACUUUGACGAGCUGGCAGAAAGCCUGAGCCAGCUGGAGCGACGGUGCAAAGCAUCUUGGGACAGCCUGAAGGCCAUCGCCAAGCACGAGACCAAGCCGGGCCUGAGGAGCAAGCUGACAGACUUCCUGCAGGACAGCUCCCGGAAGAUCCAUGUUCUAAAGGUGGUGCACAGACGUGUACUCCACAGGUUCCGCUCCUUCCUGCUGUUCCUGGGCUACCCGCCUGCGGCCGCACGGGACAUGAAGGCGAUGGGGUUCUGCCGGCUCCUGCGGGAGUUCGCCCUGGAGUACCGCACCUGCCGAGAGCGCGUCCUGCAGCAGCAGCGCAAACGGGCCGUGCACCGCGAGAGGAGCAAGACCCGGGGCCGGAUGAUCACGGAGAUGGAGCGAUUCUCUGGCAUGGCCAACAGCCCUGAGGCAAGCCCCUCUCCAGCCGUGGGGUCUGCCUGCCCGGAGCAGCAGGUGGAUGCAGGCCACGAGACCAUGAAGAGCAUGUUGAGCUCGGCUGUGGAGCCCCACAGCCGGCGCAGCAGAGCCAGCCGAGGCAUGGGCUGGUCAAGCCCCUCCAGCGGCUCCGUGCUCCAGGAGGACAGCUCUGGUUCCGUGGCCGAUGCCUCAGACGAAAUCAUGGAUCGCCUUGUGCAGUCUGUCACCCACAGCACCGGCCCGCGGCCGGGCGCUGCCAAGGAGCGCAAGAGGUCACGUGUCAGCCGGAAGUCCCUGAGGCGGACUCUGAAGAGUGGCCUGAGUGAUGAUUUGGUGCAAGCCUUGGGCCUGGCGCAAGCUCCCGGCAUGGAAGUGUGACGGUUGCCGUGGCCAGCGGAGCCUGCCUAGAGCCCGCGAUGUCCCACUCCCCAGAGCGAGUGGGGCUGUGAGCGCGCUGAGUGGGAGCCCGGCUGGCCCAGGACAGUGCUCUGCGGCCUGGAGGAAGGCACUUGCCGGGCAGGGCCAGUGCUUGGGGAGCCCGGGGCUGCAGCCCAGCUCGCCUGGCCCCACUGGAGCCCUUCUGAAGCCUUGCCAGCUGGUGCCACAGGAUGGGCACUCCCACUGCAGUGGCUAUUGCUUCUCCCCACCCCCACCAUAUGUUUCCCUGCGUCCUGGCCCCUCCCCCCCCGGCCCCUCCUGCGUCCGCCCGUCCCCUGUUUUCCUGCUGGGCGCCGAGCAGAUUUGCUCUGGAGACACUGUGGCAUUUGCGGGUAGCUGGCGAGUGGGACUUGUGUUGUGGGUUAGUUCGGCUGGGCCCUGCAAAGAGAAGCACUGGCUGCAGCAGGGGCUUGGGCAUGGAUGGGCUGCAUGGCACUGCCAUCGCAGCCACUUCCAGCUCCCGGCCAGCCGCUCUUGGCUGCCACUCCAUCUCCUUGGGUUUGCCUCCUGCCCCUCCUGCCUUUCCCCUUCAGGUCGCUGGAUUCCAGGGCUUCUCCGAGACUUCCCAGGGUCCCGCUAGGAAGUGAGCAGCAUUUCCCUGGUGGCUGACACCUGCGUCCUCCCCAGGCUCCUGGCCCUUCCUGGGUGCUGGUGAUGGGAGGCGGCUCUGGGCGGGGUCUGCGUGUGCACUAGCUGAGCAGUUCAUGGAAGCCCCUGUCUCCCGUGUACCUAUUACAGUGAGUCUGGUUGUGCGUGUGCUGUAGUCACCCUCCAGCAGCACUUGGGUUGUGAAGGACCCAGUGCAGUCGCUGGGGACGGUGCCGAUUGGACUGAAUAAAGACACCUGCUGUUCA